UCUCCACCUCACCUUUCUAAGCUCUUUUCCUCUCUCGACGUUAUCGCCGUCAACAAAUCAGAAAGCUUCUUCCAUCUCCCCUCUCUACCUCUUUCAACCACCGCAGAACAAUCUUCAUCGUCUCCUUUAGCUUCUUCUCGCAUACCAAUCUUCAUCUUCUCCUUCCAUCAGUUUCGAUUGACUUCACUCGAAUCAAUUAGGGUUUUGGAACGUAACAAUCGUCUCCUUUCUGCUCUCUCUGACAUCUUGUCAAGACCGAGUCUGGGUUUCGUUUCUCGUCGAAGCUGGCUUUUGAUGAGAUCGAUACGGCGAGUUUUGGAGUUAGACCCAGGGAAGAUCCGGUAAGGAAGGUGUUGAUGCUCCAGAGAUACAUUGUUCCAGAGAGAAGUAAAGCAGCUUGGCAGAUUAUACAAGAUGUAAGUUACAGAUUCUUUCUCCGUACUCUGUUGAGGUUUUGUAAUGAUUUUUGAUUUAUUUCUUUGCAGUAUUUAAUGCCGUUUGUGGAACGGGAGAGAUACCAGAUUCAAAGCACGUGCAGGCUCCAUCCUGAUAACGAUCUGUACAGGGAUCAAGAACAACAUAAGGUCCACGUGGAUGUAUACGAGUGGAAGUGCGGUUACUGCAGGAAGAGUUUCAACGAGGAGAAGUUUCUUGACCAGCACUUCGCCACUAGACAUCAUAUUCUUCUGAAUACGACUCGAACAAAAAUUUUGUUUAUGCUGAGCCGAACCGGUCUGGUGGAGGUCGUACCUAAGAGCCACAACAAGUUCUUGGCCAAUAUGGUUGGUGUUCACGAAGAGGUAGUGUUGUUACUUCUCUUUAUCCACUUGAUUCGCCAUUGA